AUGGCUAGAAGAAACCUUGAUUCCCUUGACGAAGCCUCAUCGUUAAAUCCAAGAUACAGAGAAGAUUCGCGGUCUGAGAGCUUAGAGGAAAGUAUUGUCGACAGCGAAGUUGAAACGUCAGAGAGCGAGAGAAAAUUGGAAGAUGAUUUUAAAUGUGCAAAACAGACUGUCUCCGCAGAUAAAAGUGUCGAGAAUGUAUUAGUUUCGAACAGAUUGGAUGCAGAAGAUGAAGAAACCAAAACGGCAAACAAACGAGGAGGAGAUAAAUCAGACUUGACAAGGCCAGAGUCCGAUUUUACGCCGACAUUGAACAAAACCGAAACCAAAGUAAAACGGUACCAGUCGACAGGAGGUAGUAUAUAUCAAAACGACAGAGAGAAAGAUAUAUUUCUUUUGUACUUCCAAGACGGAAAGGCAACCGCCAUGGAUUUAACCUUCGCUUUUAAAAGACUUGGUAAAGAAUGGUGCGAGUAUGAAAAGGAUUUUAACCCCUCUCAUAGUAUUUUGUAUGACCUAUCUGUGUUUUUAUUUAGAUGUAAGAGAAUAGUUGCUGUAUUAUCUCCAGGUUUUUAUCAGAGUAAUCUGUUUAUGUAUUUCCUUCAGACUACAGUUAAAUACUGCGUCGAUCAUGGGAAAAAUGCCCUCAUUCCAAUACUCGUAGGUACAACACCGUCGGACAUACCCCCAUGGUUAAAUAGUUUUCGAUAUUUCCAAUGUGUCCAUCCAAAUUGGACUGAAGAUGUGUGUGCAGUUUUUACAGAAAAAGUUCAACCACUCAAAUGUAAAGGUGAACAUCUUUGGAAUGAACAUUUUAAUACAAUAAGCUCUACUAAAUCAGAACCACCUAAUAUGACAAUUAAACUUUCCAAAAGAACGCAAGAAAACAUGAAGGCACGAACUUCAAUUGCGGUAGUAUGGUCAAAUUUGGCUGAAGAAAAAGUUCGGCAGCCUUCCUCAAGAAUUUCAAAAUUUCAACCACUCAAAUGUAAAGGUGAACAUCUUUGGAAUGAACAUUUUAAUACAAUAAGCUCUACUAAAUCAGAACCACCUAAUAUGACAAUUAAACUUUCCAAAAGAACGCAAGAAAACAUGAAGAUUUGGCUGAAGAAAAAGUUCGGCAGCCUUCCUCAAGAAUUUCAAAAUGUGAAGACAGAGUUAAUGUGUUUUUGUAAAUAUUGGAAAAAUGCACGAAAGGAUACAUUUAGUCUACAUCUACCAAAGGCCCGUUCUAAUAGUUUUAAUUUUAACCAAUGA